AUGACAAUACCAGCAGUACCAAAUGAUAUAUCUUUAAGUAAAAGUGUCAAAUGUAUAAGUGGUUGUCAACGAUGUAAAUGCUCAACAAAUAAUUUACCAUGUACACCUUUUUCUGGUUGUUCAAUUGAUCAAUGUACAAAUCGUACAAGCAUCCCAGACGAUGGUGAGGAUGAUGAUGACGAUGAAGAUGCACUUGAAUUUAUAUAUGAAAAUGAAAGUGAUACAAGUGAUUAUUCAAAUAAUGAUGAAAUUCAACCAAUUGUUAUGGAUAUGUCUAUUUAUAUGGAGCACAGUUAUUGCUGUCGAUUAACAUCAUGUUCACCAAAUAAUUACAAUAGUACAACGGAAAAUAUAACGUCAUCACCUUUACAAUCAUCAAAUGUAUCAAGUCCAUUCGAUAAUUCACUGUCACCAAUUGUUCCAAGUGCAAAUGUAAAAGUAAUAAAUGCUUGUUAUAAGGGAACCAGAAGCUGCGGUUGUAAUGGAAAAAAAUUAAAGAUGAUUUCUCUUUUUCAAUUUAGAACUUGA